ACCCCAAAUAUAUAUCCUCACUCAUUCACUCAAAACCACUUCUAGAAAAUACUAAAACCUCGAUAUCCCACAAACACCCAUUUCACAUCACACAAAAUUCAAAUUAAUCCAAAAAAUGGGGCGCACGAAAUUGACAACAAUGGUGGGCUUAGCAAUCUUGGCCACAUUGCUUGUGAUGUUACCUCAAGUUUCCGCUAAAAGAUUCAUUGUGGGUGGAAGUAUGGGGUGGGCACCUAAUUUUAAUUACACUCUUUGGGCUGGAAAUCAAACAUUUUACUUUGGAGAUUGGCUUUUUUUCGUGUAUGACAGAAACCAGCAAGACAUAUUGGAAGUCAACAAGACCAACUACGAGACUUGCAAUGCUGAGCAUCCAGUUCACAAUUACACCACAGGAGCCGGAAGAGAUGUCGUGCCACUCAAUGUCACCCACGACCGCUACUUCAUUAGUAGCAAAGGCUCUUGCUAUGGUGGCAUGAAACUUCAUGUACAUCUCUCUCCUUUACCACCACCACCACGUGCCGCUCCUGCAAAGAGUGACUCUCCAAGAUUCACCGUUCUUAGAAGCCAGUUAAUGAUCCCUGCUAUCGUCACCAUUGCAGCCAUAUGGGAUUCACUUCUUUUGCAUGUCUGAUCCAGGAAUCAGUUCAGAACACAGAUAGCAAACAAAAAAUGUUGUUUUCUGAAUUCUUCAAUAGGUAGGUUUGAUUAGCCCAAACGGGUACAUUGUAUUUGGUUUUGUUUUUACUUUUUAUUCAUUUGGUUUGGUGUUGUUCAUCAUCAAAGUUUGACCAAAAGAUUUCAAAUUUGAUUUAUGGCUUUGAUUGUGUUGAGUAGAUGAAUGUAAUGUAACAAUUGAUUAUUACCAUUGGAUUAUUAUUUUAUUCCA